GAAAACGAGGAAGCGGAGAUAUAAAGUACUGUAUCUCUGGAGAAAGUAUCUAACGAGUGGCAUACAUUCAUCUACCGAGGCGACAUUACCACAGUUAUAAGAGCUAGCAACUAACAAGGUUAGUUACAAAUAUCUUUGACAUUACUCUCCAGCCUUCAAGGUGGACAUCUCACCACUGGUAACGUAAUACAGUAUCCUUUCAUCCCCGUUUUAUUUAUGUAGCUAGCUACUGUAACGUCAGUUUUCUAAUUUCAACAAAAAAUAACUGACUAGCUAGUUCGGUUAGCUAACUGUUGCUGCCUAAUUUACAGUUUUUAUGCAAUGCUAUUCGUAGCAAGUUAGUUAACUAGCUAGCUAUGUCUGAUCAUUCAAGUUAAUUUAGCCAGCUAACUGAAUCUGACAGCGAGUUGGGACUCAAUUCAUUCUGAACUACAACCAGCCAAGUUAAACAGCGAUGCAGUCGGGCCAAAAUGUGAUGGAGUGUCACAGCGAAGGGGCGCUUGGCAAAUCUGACAAUACGGCGACUUUGAGAUACAUUCCCACUCUGAAGACGGAGGACACUGGUCCAACCGUGGAUAAUAAAAAGGUUGGGGACACCCUGGUCAUCAAUGAGAGCAACCUCAGGGCGCCGAGUCCCCGUGGAGCAAAUGGUGAUGAAGAUUCUGAAGCGGAGUCGUACCGGGAUGGGCGGACAGAGGUGGUGGACAUGGAUAUGAAAGGCAGAGCGUUCGCCUGGUGCCGAGACUUCCUUUCCGGGUCAUGGAAAAGCAUUCCCGAGGCAGAUUUUCAGAUCAGCAUUGUCAGUGGUGGACUCAGCAACCUGCUGUUCAUGUGCAGUCUGCCAGACCAUGCCCACACUAUUGGAGAUGAACCUCGCAGGGUCUUGUUGCGAGUCUAUGGGGCCAUCCUACAGGGAGUGGAUUCUCUGGUCUUGGAGAGUGUGAUGUUUGCCAUCCUGGCGGAGAGAGCCCUGGGGCCACGGCUCUAUGGAAUCUUCCCUGAGGGACGCCUGGAACAGUACCUGCCGAGCAACCGUCUGCGUACAGAGCAGCUCUUUGUUCCGGAACUGUCCGCUGAGAUCGCCUCAAAGAUGGCCCGCUUCCAUAGGAUGGUCAUGCCCUUUAACAAGGAACCCAAGUGGCUGUUCGGGACCAUUGGCAGGUACAUGGAUCAGGUGAUGAACUUAAAGUUUGCCCGGGAGGCUCACGUCAAGAAAUACAACAAGUUGAUUAAGUACGACCUCCCGGCAGAGCUGGAGAGUCUCCGAGUGUUGUUGUCAGCGACCCCAUCUCCAGUGGUGUUCUGUCAUAAUGAUGUGCAAGAAGGUAAUAUUUUGAUGCUGGAGGACAGAGACCGCACCUCCACUGGGAAACUGAUGCUCAUAGACUUUGAGUACAGCAGCUACAACUACAGGGGUUUUGACUUUGGGAACCACUUCUGUGAGUGGUGCUAUGACUACACCUACAACAAGUGGCCCUUCUACAAGUGUACACCUGACAACUACCCCAGCAGAGAACAACAGUUGCAUUUCAUCCGUAACUACCUGGUGGAGACGGGAGGCUAUUCAGAGAGCACCAUGCACGAGGACCAAGCUCGUAUAGAGCAGGACUUGCUGGUCGAAGCCAAUCGAUUCGCCAUGGCAUCUCACUUCCUCUGGGGCCUGUGGUCUAUCAUUCAAGCCAGGAUAUCCAAGAUCGAGUUUGGCUACAUGGACUAUGCCCAGUCACGAUUUGAUGCCUACUUCAAGCAGAAAAAGUUAUUUUCCUAAAUCGCUAAAAGAACAGAUUGACUUCAAUGGAAUGUACUGUCAUUUUUAUAUCUGCUGAUUCUUCCUGUACGCAACUGUCCUGAUGCAGAAACGUAGUUAACUAGGCAUAUCUGUUAAGUGUUGAAACCAAACCAAAUAUGAGGGGUAAACGCCCACUGAAGAGUCUUAGGUGGAUUUUUACAAAAUUAUCUAUUGUUUGAACUUGAUAUUUCUAAUAUACCAGGACCCCAUCUAUCUAGUAUCUUUCCAUCUAGUAGCAUCCAAUACGUUGCUCUGCCUGAGACAAGUAACAGUGAAGCAGGGACUUAGCUGCACUCCAACAAAAUGCACUUAUCUUCCCCUACUAUGAAAUGUGAAAUUCUGUGAAAAUGCACAGCAAAAAAAAAGCAUGUUAUUUGUUUACAUUAGUUACGAUCUACUGGUUCCAUACAUUUAUGUUUCAAACCCUGUAGUCAUGUGCUUUCUUUGUCAUUCAACUCUGCUUCUUUCUUUACCCCACCUCGUAAUUUAAUUGUUGUUGAACUUCAGUACACCCUUGAUUUCAGGGUCGAAAUAUGCUCAUUUUGUGCAGUCUUUUUUCCUUUUUUUCCCUUGACUUGUUUGUUAAAUGCCUGUUCUAUGCAUGGUGCUGGUGCGUGGACACAAUACAGCAUGGCAGAGAAUCAAGCUGCAUAUCAGAACUCAGUUCAUACUGUAGUUCUGUUUCUUUGUAGUGCAGUAGGGAAAACUGGACUCAUGGCCCUAUUCAGAACUAGUAAGAAAAGAACAUGCUCCAUUGCAUAGUAAGUCAAAUAUGUUCUUAAACAGGAUGUUGUUUUUGACCUUUCUCUAUGACUGUUUCUGAUUGAAUUGGGCUUAAACCCCAUGUACGACCUGUCUGUUUUAGCAUUCUCUCUAGUCAAACUAUAUAUAGAGGGGUUGCAGUUGUCAGAAAUCACUUAGCAACCAUGCCAGGCGCCAUGUUGGAAGACCAGUCACUGUGGUGGAAGAAUGGUGCAGCCUGCUGGCUGUUUGUGAGCAUGUACACUGCAUUGCACAGCCAAUUGUUUCUUAGCAAGGCAAUUUGUUUUCUCAGCUACAGUGUCUUGGCUGCCAAUUACGGCACAGAAAUUGACCAUGGUGAUGAACCAAGUAGGUUUAGGCACUGUUAUCAUUCAGCUUGGGGUUGCCACUCAGUUGUUGUCAGAAGAAUUGAUGCGGCGGUCUUCCAACAUGGCUGCCAGGAGGUGUCGCAUGUCACCUCCUGGCACAAGUAUUUUGUGUCAUUCUACCUCUUCACAACAAUGGGGGUCAUUUUACACUUUGUAUGAUAAAUGAGCAAAUGUAGACCUGAAACUAAAUGAUUAAAAAAGGAACAUGUUUUGGUUAUAGACAAAGCUUAUUGCACAACCUCUCAGAGGAGAGCAGUUUAUUAAAAUAAUAAUCUCUGUUAUAUAUAUAUAUAUAAAUAGCUUUUGUCUGGCUUAGAUGUCAUUGCAUUCUGACUAGGUUUACCUUUCAUUCUAAAGCUGUUCCAUUACUAGUAAACUGGUAUAGAACUGUCUGUCACGGUUUGACUCUGCCCAAGGUUUGGAUGUUUGUCCUUUUCCAUUUCUGACCAAGAACCACAAUGGUUAAAGAAAGCUGUCCAUGACUUUGAACAACAGAUGUAUCUUAUUUAAAUGUGCAUUUGGCUUCUGUGUGUGUCUGCCUGCCUAACAUUAUUAAAACCAAAUGGAAUAUCUGCAUGCUUUUGGAAUUCAGAUCCAAAGAUUUUGAAAAUGGGAUGAUGUUUUUUUUCUUCAAUGGCAAUCAUUUGAACACAUGGAAAUGUUUUUCAGUAUAAUUUGUUAUAAUUUAUUUAGUAUAUUUGUUUGCCCAGUGAAGUGCUCUUUUGUUUUGAUGUGAGUUAUAAUAAAGGUGGACCUGUGAGUUUACCCUUUGUAUAAUGUUAGAAUAUAUGUUGUGGAUGUAGGCCAAUGUUCGAUUUCCGAGAAUAUGAAACUGCCUAGUAUAGAAGCCAGUGUCUCGUCAACUAGCUAAAUUAAGUAACUUUCUUUCAUUACACAUCAAUCCUGUCCAAAACCCUUUGAUGUUCUUGAUAUUCUCCCUGCACUGCAGCUGCUGUGUACGUAUAACUGAACUGCAAAUAAACAUGCUUGAUACCUGA